AUGGAGUUGUUGUUUAAUGAAGAUGAGUCGACUAUCGCGAUGGGAAUGGCUAUUUGUUGGGCGAUAUGGAAGGCUCGUAAUGCAAAGGUUUUUGAACAUCAAACUGCCAAUGUCCAGGAAACUCUGGCAACUGCAUUAUUUUGGUACAACCUCUUUUACAACUACUCUGAUGAUGAGGAGAGUCAGCUGUUGCAGAAUAAUAAAGACAACUCAGCUGCAGUUACAGACAUAAUAUGGAGUGCACCCAAUAACCCCUUCAUCAAGAUUAAUGUUGAUGCCGCCUGGAAAGAUGGAAUGAACGCCUGUGCUGCUGUGGCUAUAGAUAGUAAUGGUCUAUGCUGGGGCGCUGGAACAAGAUUGGGAAGAACGGACACUGUGGUUUACGCUGAGACAGAUGGGUUUAAACUAGCUACUGACUUGGCUAGUUGGUUAAAUUUAAACCACAUUAUCAUAGAAGGGGACAGCCAGUUGGUGGUGAAGAGUUUACAAGGAGAGUUAAGGACAGUCCCUUGGAGAAUCUGGAGAUUAAAGGAUGAAAUCACCAAAUGGAUGAACGAGCACAACAGUUCUGGAGCUUACAACUACAUUCCAAAAAUGGCAAACUCUGCUGCUCACAAUUUGGCAGUGUAUGCGUUUUCUCACAACGUCCAAAAUAUGUGGACUAGUUCUAGUUCUAAUAUUCCCCCUAGCAUUGUUAACCUCUGGGAUGUAAACAAUAGCUAG